AUGAAUUCCUAUCCGAGGUUUUACAACUUCAAGGUCAGUUCCAGAGGCAGCAUCCGCGAGCCCCCGAACCCCAUCACCUGGGUCUAUGCAUUGAACAGACUUGGAAGCGCUUUCCAGGACUCCUCCGAGGUCAUCCGAAAUUGGAAUGAUGUUAGCAUCAAGGCUGACAAGCUUGUUGGUGGAAAAUAUUUGGCAGUGAAGAACCUGCUUCAACUGGCGGGGCCAGUGCAAGACGAGAUCCUGCUCCGGGUGAACAGCCUGGGCUCUGCGUUCACAGACGACAACCUCAGCUCCAAGAAGCUGGUGCCGGGUUUCCAGUUCAAAAUGACCAAAGCGCCGAAGAGUUCCAAGUGGAACACAAGCUAUGGGAAACUUACAGAAGAAAGCGCUUUGUUGGCUUUGCAGUUUGUCACUGCAACCUUCCUCAAUGCGCCUGCAAAGCUACGACAGAAGCCGACAAAGCAAGACUUGGAGGAGAAGUUGGAAAUGUGUGCCAUGCCUAGUCUUGUAUUCAUGCCUA